ACAAAAAUUGCAAAACCGCUAAUACCGUUAGCGGUUUUAAGUUGAACCGAAAACCAAUCCUACGUAGACACUAUUUUGGGAAUUUGUUUUUAAAACGAAGUAUAAUGGGAAUUAAUUUCUAUUUUAACAAUAUUAAGGAACAUCGUUAAACAUUGAUCAUCAAUUAUUCAAAAAAAAAUAAAAAAACAAAUUGUAAUCAAGUCCACAUGGGAUGUAACACACCGGAACAUGCACUUAAAUCUCUUACACUACAAAUAUCCCCAAAUCGUUUGAACAACGACCUUCCAAAAUCCGAAUAUUCGAAUUAGGGCUCCAUUUCUCCAACCCUUUUUAUAUUUUCAAAAUUUCAACCUUCUUACAGCAAAAAUUCCACCAAAUCAGAGGAGAGAGAAAGUGAAAGAGAAACAGAAAGAGAGAGAAAUUUCGCGAAUUCGGCAACUCAGUUCCUCCGCAUCUAAUCGUAUGUUAUUAGAAGCAGGUAUAGUUCUCAAGGAUUACUAUAGAACAAGUAGACCUCCGCCGCCUCCGCUACCGCCUCGAAAUCCCGUCUGUAGAAUCGACUCUCAAUUAAAUCAUGAAGUUUCUCGAAUACACUCAGUUAAAUCGUAUAAACGAUUUCUUGAGUCAUGUAAAUCUCGGCGAGCGUACUAUUAAGGGAUGUUUGGAGGCAUAUUCUUGUAAGCACACAGGUUUAGACAAAAGACUUUCGUUGAGUUUAGAACAUGAGAUCCUUGAUCAACUUGGAAGAUCAUCUGACACUGAUUCUCCGUCACCUGCAGAAAAUUUGAUUAGCAGAUCCAGCCGGAAGACACUGAUUUACUUGGUCCUUACUCUGUACCACAUGUACCCAGAUUAUGACUUCAGUGCAGUGAAGGCUCACCAGUUCUUCAUAGAUGAAACCUGGGACAGUUUUGUGCAAUUAUUUGAUUCUUACAUGAGAGAAGCAUCAAAGGAAUGGAUUGAAGCUAAUGGUGGUAGUUCACUCCUCGAAGAUUUGUACAAGGCCUUAGAUGAAGUGGUGAAACUCUCUGAAUGUGAAAUUUACAGUUAUAAUCCUGACUGUGAUGCAGACCCUUUUUUACAAAGAGGAGCCAUAUGGUCGUUCAAUUACUUCUUCUACAACAGAAAGCUGAAGUGUGUUGUGAGCUUACGGUUCUGCUGCCUGAGCAACUUGGUGGCUGAUGAAUAUCUGACUGAUGAGUUGGAUUUUGAGGAAGAUGGGGAAAUUUUCGACAACAUGGAUAUUUGAGUGCGGAAUCAUGUUCGUACGACCUCUGUAUGCUUGUUGAAAUUAUGUGAUCUCAGGUCUGAAUGCUUAUAGUAGCCUUUACCUUUUGUAUCUGAUCUCAGACACUGUUGUCAGACCCUGUAAUUAAGGUAAUGUGAAGUUUUUAGAGGUUAGAAUUGCUUCCCAACUCGGGAUGCUGUGAUGUAAAUAUGUAUCAGGUUUCAUCCAGGCCUUAGGGCUUUGGAUUUGAAUUGCUGAAUCAUAGACUAAGACACCAUUUAGUUUCAUCGCACUAUCAGUUGUGAAUAACUGAAUCGUAUGCCUUCAUUUGUUAUUCUGUAAAGAUUGUGAGUGCCUUUGUUAUUUUAUCAUGUGCUGAAUUUGAUCAGCUGUGUUAACACUCAAAAUUCAAGUGGACAUCAGAAUACUGACAAA